GUAUUAAAAAAACAUCUCACGAUUGGUGACAUAUUUUUUCUUCACUUUGAAAAAUAAAAUCUUUGCGACUUUUGUUUGGUUGUGUUGGUGAAGCCUGGACACCACACAUACAGAAAAAAAAUCUAGUGCACUUCGUUCCCUGAAUAUUGGCUCAAUCGCCUUAGCCAAGAUACAGUUGACAAUUCGCCUCUCCAAUGACAAUCGUUUUCGUGGUUGAAUACUCUGGUUAAAAGUCCGACGAUACUCAUCGUUUCUGCAGAUCAUCGGGGGAAUGUAAAUUAUUGCAAUGUGAUAAUUGAUGAUAACGAGGGGAGAACAAUCCAAAAGUCACUACGUCGAUUUGAAUGACUAAUGAUUUUGAUAAUUAACAAAUGUUGAUUGGCUUGCGGUUUACUUGGAGUCAUGCCAAUCGUAGCACGCAAUUGUCCACAUAUUUUAAAUCAUGGGGAUCUCAGGAUCAUCGAGGGAGUGUUUUGUCAGAAGGAAAGAUUUAUCAAAUGCAGUGAUUGUGAUAACGAGGGCCCUGAUCUCUGGCUAUGCCUUUAUCCUGAUUGUCGAUCGGUAGGAUGCACCGAGACACAUCUUGAUCAUAGUACACUGCACAAUAAUAAGCAUCCUAUGCACUGUGCACAUAUGAAUCUGUCAACGAACAGAAUAUGGUGUUACAUGUGCGAGAGGGAGGUGAUUACAAGGCAUAUUCCAUCACCUCCUAGUUCACCGACGCAGAUAGAUGUCAAGGGUGGAGGAAACAGGUUUGUCGGUGAUGGACCGGGAGGUGUUAAUCAUAAGGCGGACACUGAUAGCUUCGGAAUUCUACUGGACAGAUUUUACACCAACUACGAUGUCAAGUUCAGCUCUGAAAGAGCCGAUGAUUCAGCGGACAGUACAGAUUCGGAAGAAAGCCGAGACUUUGGUGGGAAGCCGCGUGGUCUCGUGGGCCUUCAGAAUAUCGGAAACACCUGUUACAUGAACUCAGCCCUCCAAGCCCUCUCCAACGUUGUACCAUUGACCCAGUAUUUCCUAGACUGUGGCCAAGCGGUCUCCCACAUCAUAAAAGAUCGGAAGCCGGGGCUGAGUUUGAAUUACAUGAAUCUGGUGAAGGACAUGUGGAACAGGAAGACUCGAGGCUACGUCGUUCCUAAUGGAAUUCUCUCCGGGAUUCGGGCAGUGAAUCCAAUGUUCAGGGGAUACCACCAACAUGACACUCAAGAAUUCCUCCGAUGUUUCAUGGAUCAACUGCAUGAGGAAUUAAAGGAGCGAGUGGAGGAGGAUCGAGAGCAACAUGUGUACUUGAAAGUAACCGAAUCCUCCGACGAAGAAGACCCGGAGAUGGAUGGUACGACCUCUAGUCAAUCAGACGCGGAAUACGAGACCUGUGACUCUGGAGUCAGUGAGCAGAGUUCCACGAGUGAUGAUGGUGACAGAGGUACAAAGCGUCGUUAUUCUCGUGUUUCUCAAUCCGAAAAACUUCGUAAUAAGUUCACAACCCGAAGCCUGAAAAAACCCCUCGACGACCAGUACAAUCAACCCCAAAGAUCUCUCCAAAACUCUCCAACGAAACAUCGAGCCAAAAAGCAAAUGAAGACCCGCAGCAUCAUCAGUGAUAUUUUCGACGGCAAACUCCUGAGCUCAGUCCAAUGUCUGAUGUGCGAUCGAGUGUCUACCCGUGUGGAAACUUUUCAGGAUCUCUCUCUGCCUAUUCCCAGCAGAGAUCACAUUGAUAUGCUGCACCAGGGUUCACUGACACCCCAGAAACCCGGCCCCUGUUCGGAUGUUGUCUACGUAACUAAUCAAUCAGGUUGGAUCUCCUGGUUAGUUCAGUGGAUGCGAUCCUGGUUCUGGGGGCCUGUUGUCAGCCUUCAUGAUUGUCUCUCUGCCUUUUUCAGUGCCGACGAGCUCAAGGGAGACAACAUGUACAAUUGUGAAAAAUGCAACAAGCUUCGAAAUGGAAUUAAAUUUUCCAAAAUGUUGGAUCUACCAGAAAUUCUUUGCAUUCAUCUCAAACGUUUUCGUCAUGAACUCAUGUUCUCCUCGAAAAUAGCUAACUACGUGUCCUUUCCCCUAGAUGGAUUGGACAUGCGUCCAUAUCUCCACAAAGAUUGUGUGUCUGAAGUUACAACUUACGACUUGAUAUCUGUUAUUUGUCACCAUGGAACAGCUGGUGGUGGCCAUUACACAUGUUAUGCACUGAACGCAGAUAUUAAUCAGUGGUUUGAGUUUGAUGAUCAAUGCGUGACACAGGUAUCGCCCGAAACAGUAAAGAAUUGCGAGGCAUAUGUGCUUUUUUAUAAAAAAAGUUCACCCGAAAUGGCGCAGUGUCGUGAUAAAAUAGUUGAGCUGUUGGAAAAUUCUUCCCGCGAGCCUCAGUUGAAUUUCUACGUAUCCAGGGCGUGGAUCAACAGGUUCAAUACUUGCUCAGAACCUGGAGUGAUUGAUAAUUCAGAUUUUUUGUGCCCUCAUGGAGGAGUCAAUCCAGUGAAAGUUAACUAUAUUGAUAAGUUGAGUAGACCACUACCACAGGCGGUCUGGGAGCAUCUCUACAACUCAUUUGGAGGUGGACCUGCUUGUACACAUUUGUAUGAAUGCCCUGUUUGCGUUGAGAAUUAUGAAACCCUCCAGAAGAGGAGGAAAUACGAGUUGGAGGUGUUCCAGAGGUUCAAUAAUAUGGAGAAUCCUACGGCUAUUUAUGCGCUGGCCAUGGUUUGGCUGAGGCAGUGGCAGAGCUUUGUUAAGGGAAAAGAGACGCAGCCUCCUGGGCCUAUUGAUAAUUCGUCAAUUGUAGUUACAAUUAAUGGACAGAAAGUACUAAAACCCGGUUCAGAUUGUAGUCAAGUAUCCGAAGAAGUGUGGCAAUUUUUCCUCAACAUUUAUGGCGGUGGUCCUGAGCUAAUGCUUCAACCCUGUCAACGAUCGCCAACCCUCCAACCAAAUAUAUCUUUACAUUCCACAUCGGCACCAAAUCUGAUGGAACAGAGCCCAAAACCAAAUCGCAUCGAUGUAAACACAAACAAAGUAACAAUCACCAAAAGUACAGAGACGAUAUCCCAGCAGGACAGUGCUAUCGAGAGUAUCGCGUCCGACAGUGAUUCGAUGAAAUCCCAAAGGGACUCCGUGGGAUAACAUCGUUGUUAGAUAAAUAUAAUUCUCGAUUGAGUGAUUAAUUAAAAUGAGUGAAGGAGUGGUAACAAUAUUCAAAUUAACAUUCCUCGAGCAUUAUGACAUUUUUCUCGUAAUCAUUUAGUGAGAAAAAGUCAAAUGAAAUAUUUUGUUUGACAUUUCCUUGUCUAUGAAUAGGUUUCUCCAGUUUUUUCUCUCAAAACUACUUGCAUUUCAGGGAUUUAUAUCAGUCAUAAAAUUUUACCAAAUUGAUCUCUUCUCCAAGGCUGUUAUACGAUUCCCAGGAAUUUUAAUUCUUGAAAAUAAAAACAGGUUGUGAGAUUUAGGGAGGAAGAUUGUUUUGGUAACUACAAGGACGGUUGAAACAAUAAUUAUUAUACAACAUAAAAUUGUCUAUUUUGAGCUUGAUUGCCACUUCAGAUUGCCAUUUCAUUCCUAACAUUAUUGUUGAAUGUCACCAAUUCUGACGUUUUUAAUUCUAAAUCAAGAAUACGUUAUUUACUCAUCGUUUUCAGUUAACCACUCCGCUUGAGUGUGAAGGAUCGAUUUAGUUGUAUUCUUUAUAUGCUAAUAGUCAAUUUUUUUUUAUUUCCUUGAAGAACUUGGGGCUACGGCUAUGUAUUUCAUGUAAUCACAUGAUUGAGUAUUAUUAUCCUAGAAUUUUUUCGUUGUUGAAGUUUCAUUCGAUCUCUGUCACAGGCAACCGCCAGUUGAUUCCGAAUGGAAUAAUGAUGGAUUUAAUUUAUUAUUACGUGAAAUGCGGGAUAUAUUUUCAUAAAAAUUUCAUGAGGCACUCUAAUAUGAGUUCUUAACACCUCAAUUGUUCUUGAGUUCUUGUGGAACUGAAGAAAAAAUUAGAAACUUCGUACCAAUUGUCUUGUUAUAGCAAUGGGUUUUAAAAAUUUAUGUUUUAUGGAUUUAGGUAAACCGUGUGGCCUCAUUUCAUAAAUAUCAUUCAAAACUUAUAGAAAAUUGUCCAAAAAUGAGAAUCAGGGAAUGUUGUUUACGUUCGGAUUUUAACGCUUGUUACUUUUCUGUUUUCUUUUUAUGAUUUUCCUAUUUCAUUUGUUAUACCUUGGAUGUACAAAGGAAAUUUAGUUUUUAGGAAAAUUCCCCUGACUUUUUUUUGUUACACGUGAUAAAACAUUCAUGUUGGUCAAUUGCAUUAUGCAGAUUGGCAACAUUAAAUUUAAAUUUCAAUUAGCAAUUCAAUCGAUCAAGUAAUUUGAUAAAAUGUCAGGUUCAAUUCAAUUAAUUUUACAAUAUAGAUCUUUUACAUGAUAAGAAUGUUGAUAGGAAAAUAUUCAAUUUAAUGAAUGCAAGUUUGAUCGUCGCUUUCGUUUAUCUUUGUUCAUGUAAAUUAAAUUGUAGUUCUAUUUAAGAGAAAAAGAGAGCGAUGCAGCCGAAAGACGCAUGAUUCUGCAGUGGUAAAAUGAUGUCAAACGCAUUUAAUAAAUUUCCAUUUCGCUAAAUCCACGAAUUCGGCAUUUAGUAUGCGUAUGGAUUUGAUAAUUGUACAAUUCUUUUUGUUACCGUAAAAUAAUUGAAUUGGUGCAAUAGAAUUUAUGAGAAUAUAGAGGGAGUAUUUUUGAGCGAUUAUAAAAAUCGAUUCUUAUAACGAAGAAAGUCCAUGGAAUUUCGGAGAAUGUAAUAUUGAUGAGAUGGAAAUAAUUAAAUUGAUUUCUUUAUUUAUUGAA